AGACCUCUCCAGCUUCCCAGGACAUUUGAUUCUAGGGUACUGGGUCUUGUCUGGGAAGCUGGCACACCUGCAUUCCAGCCCAGCAGUCUGUGAGGAUUAUGGUCCAAUAACUAAAUGUGUGUGAGCUUCAAAACCUUCAAUGCCUGUCUGAAAAACGCUGUCCAGUCUCCCAGGCUUUUGUGGAUUUACUGUUCUGACUUCCAUAAGCCCAAGGAAUGUGUGCACCCUCAUGCUGUGGCUGAGAAAGUGGAUUGGGAGGGCUUGUAUGUUAUGCUCCAGGUUACACUGGAGUACUUGACUUGGGUUCCAGUGUUGCCCCUGGGCCUCUGUGGGUUCCUGGGAAGGCAAGUCAGAUUGGACUUCUCCUAGAAGUGGCAAGGUACACUUCCUGGACCUCCCUGGGGCUCUAGGGUGUGGGAACUCCAUCUUCCCAGCAGCUCUCCACUUGGUUAACUUGCCCAACCUGCUCUGGGGAUUCUAGGUAGAGACCUGAAAUUCCCUGCUCCAAUGAACUGCAGGAGGUGCCAAAACAUGACCCAGUGGCCUGCCACAGAUCCCCAGGCCUAGUUCCUGGCCUCUUUGUGGCUCGCACUCUAGUUCUAUUGCCUCCACUUGAGAACUCAAAGCAUCCUCUUUCUCCUUCCUGCUGUGGUGUCGGUAGCAGCCAAGCUGCCUGUCUCUUUAAGAGAGAGAGAGAGGGAGAGAGGUGGGGAGGGAAAGAACGAAAUCAGGAAGUAGGAGAGAGCCCAGAGCCAGGGCUCUACAGAGCAGGGUGUCAGGGCUGGCAGGGAAGAAACCUGUAAUCCCAGCUCCCAGCCGUCACAGGGCCAUUUCAACUAGCCCUGCCUGUGUCCCAGGGUCCUUGACUAUCAAGAUGUUGUGGGUACUGCCCAGGAAUAACUGCUGCAAGCCUUGAGGGUGCCAGGGGUGCCACCCCCUCCUACAAGUGGGCAUCCCCUGAAGCCGCGAUGGGCUCAGCUCCUGGACUUGCCACAGACAGAGAGCAUAACACAUACUUGCCAGGGAGAGCCUGAUUCAGGGCCACUCAGAGCGUGGGGGAGAGGAGAUGCAGAGCACCGCCAACUACCUGUGGCACACAGAUGAGCUGCUGGGCCAGGGCGCGACUGCCAGUGUGUACAAGGCCCGCAACAAGAAAUCCGGGGAGUUGGUCGCUGUGAAGGUCUUCAACACCGCCAGCUACCUGCGCCCCCGCGAGGUACAGGGGAGAGAGUUCGAGGUCCUGCGGAAGCUGAAUCAUCAGAACAUCGUCAAGCUGUUUGCAGUGGAGGAGACGGGGGGUGGCCGGCAGAAGGUGCUGGUGAUGGAGUACUGCUCUAGCGGGAGUCUGCUGAGCGUGCUGGAGAGCCCAGAGAACACCUUCGGGCUGCCGGAGGACGAGUUCCUGGUGGUUCUGCGCUGUGUGGUGGCCGGCAUGAACCACCUGCGGGAGAACGGCAUCGUGCACCGGGACAUCAAGCCUGGCAACAUCAUGCGCCUCAUUGGGGAGGAGGGACAGAGCAUCUACAAGCUGACAGACUUCGGGGCUGCCCGGGAGCUAGAUGACGAUGAGAAGUUCAUCUCUGUCUACGGGACAGAGGAGUACCUGCACCCUGACAUGUAUGAGCGGGCGGUGCUUCGCAAGCCUCAGCAAAAGGCAUUUGGGGUGACUGUGGAUCUCUGGAGCAUCGGGGUGACCCUGUACCACGCAGCUACCGGCAGCCUUCCUUUCGUCCCUUUUGGUGGGCCCCGGCGCAACAAGGAGAUCAUGUACGGUGGGCCACAGGGUAGGGAAGGCAGGGGGCUGCAGAGCCAGCUGGUGCCUAUCCUGGCCAACAUCCUGGAAGUGGAGCAGGCCAAAUGCUGGGGCUUCGACCAGUUCUUUGCGGAAACCAGUGACAUCCUGCAGCGAGUUGUCGUCCACGUCUUCUCCCUGUCCCAGGCUGUCCUGCACCGUGUCUACAUCCACGCCCACAACACGAUAGCCAUCUUUCUGGAGGCCGUGUAUGAGCAGACCAAUGUGGCCCCCCACCACCAGGAAUACCUCUUUGAGGGUCACCUCUGUGUUCUUGAGCCCAACCUCUCAGCACAGCACAUCACCCACACAACUGCCAGCAGCCCCCUGACCCUGUUCAGCAUGGCCAGCGAGACUCCAAAGGGGCUAGCCUUCAGGGACCCUGCUCUGGACAUCCCCAAGUUCGUCCCCAAAGUGGACCUACAGGCAGAUUACAACCCAUCAAGGUUGUCUCAAAGAUGCCAUGCCAGCAUGUGUUCUCAGAGAUCCCUGCUCCUAAGCCCUCAAGUGCAGCCUCCCUCUUUCUUUCUCUCCAGGUUGAACAGCACAGCGGAGACACCUGAGGUCCAGGAGCUGAAGGAGGUUGCAGAUCUGAGGUCCAGGUUGCAGACUCUGGCUGAGGUUCUCUCCAGAUGUUCCCAGAAUAUCACAGAGACACAGAAAAGCCUCAGGGACCUCAACUCAGCGCUGGUGAAGAACCGGGAUCAGGUACAUGAAGACAGAAGCAUCCAGCAGAUUCAGUGUUGUGUGGACAAGAUGAGCCUCAUCUACAAACAGUUUAAGAAAUCGAGGAUGAGGCCAGGUGAGCCAUGGAGAGCAAAUGUCCCCUAUGCUUUCUUCCCUCCCUCUGCUUUCCUCCCUUCCUGGGAGGUGUAUGAGACCAGGACCCACCUGCGCCGGGUCAGCUGUUCUGUGACCUCCUGCAACACAGAAGCACAAGGAGUCCAGGAGAACCUAAGCAAGAUCCUAGACCAGCUAUCCUACCAGCUCCUUCAAGACAGAACAAAAGAGGUACAGACCUCACCACCCCCCAUAGCUCCUCACCCCAGUCCUGCGCCAAAGGACCUGGUUCUCCACAUGCAGGAGCUCUGUGAGGAGAUGAGGUUGCUGGCCUUUGACCUGCAGGACAACAACCGCAUCAUCGAACGAUUAGGUAGACUCCCAUCAGCUCCUGACGUCUGAGCUGUGGGGGGCGUGUGAGGCAUCCGGAGCAUUAGAAUCAUUCACACACUGCUCUUCUGCACUGCGGGACCCAACCCAGGGUGAGAUUCUGGUCCCAUCUCAUCAGCCUACCUCCCUCCUGGCCACUGGUCGGGAGAUGUCAUCAGCAUUACCUUCCAAUGCCUGUUCCCCUGGGAAGCUGCACAGCCGACUCUGUCACAAUUCACAGGAAAGUGCAGCAGCCACUGCCUGGACCAUCCUUUGUGCUUUCUCCAGGCUCUGGGACUGCUGCUCUGUCACCCAGGCCUGGAGGCCUGAACCUGGCGAGGCUGUGGGGAAAAGAGACUCCCACAGGCCCUCCCACCCCUUCUGCAUUCCCCAGGCAUCAGCAGAGGAGGCCUCCUGGGACUUCCCCAGGGUACAGGUCAAACAACCUCACCUCCAUCUUCCUUCCUCUUCCUCUUAAGGUGUUUCACACUGAAUACCCCCCACCUCCUGGGUCCCCUAGAGUCACCAUGUUUGGCCACAGAUAAUGUCCCUCUGUUCUUGGUCUGGAUGAGCCUCAGGUUGAGAAAAUGGGUGGUGGGCCAAGUGCCUGUGCCUCAGGGACUCUUUGCUUGCCUUCUGGCUCUAAUGCACCAUCUGGUCCUGGGCUGCCGCUAGGCAGUGCUGACGGGAGCCCUGCCAAUGAGCGCGGGCCUGUAAGCCCAGGGCCCUGAGCAGAGAGCAGGCCUGCACCUUUGAGAAAUAGAAUAAACAUGGCUGCCUUUUCUGUU